GAACUAUUGAACUAAUGGAAGAUCAGAGAUCUUUUCUCAAUGGCUUUCUUGGAAAUAUUUUCAUGGCCAAAUCCUACAAUGUCUCAAAGAAUAUUAACUGGGUUGAAUAUUCAUGUCCCCAGUGUUCAUCUCUUCUUGGAGCUUACCCUUGUAGUAGUGGUGAUGCUCCUAUAGAUUGUGGCGUUCGACUCUUUAAGUGUUACCUUUCCACUUGUUUGCCAGUCGGUGGAUCAGGUGACAUGUUUCGGAAUUAUACCCUGGAAAGAAUGUUCACAAAUCAGCUUCUUGAAAGUGCCCAAGAUGAAUUAUCAUUUCGGACACUGGUAAGGGAUUUGAACACCAAAUCUACCAUGCUACAAAUUGUUCUCAUAAAUCCCAGUUCUUGGUGCUGUACUGGUUAUUGCUUGGGUGAGGACAGCUCCAUGGAACCAGUGCUCAAGUUAGAUCUACACCCAAUUAUUAAGUUGUUGUUUUCUGAUUGCAGCAGCAAUUCUGAAUCUCAAUCAAGGAUGUUAGAAGAAUGGCUAACAAAGAAACUAGCUGAUGAAGUUUUCAUGUGUAGACGUCAAAUAGAAGAGUUGAUUGAAGUUCUUACAUCUGUAAAGGAUGUUCUUCCUCCUUCAUGUUCUUCCAUCCAAGGUUUACCAUUGUCAUCGAUGCGGAGGUAAUGAUUAUCUGUUGGGUUAGCUAUGACCUUCUACGGAAGCCCAGUUUGAUAAAUUGAAGGGGAUUUGAAAUUUUUAAUGUAAAGCAAAAUGUAGUUUUCCCUGUUUGGGGAAAUAUUAGAUACUAUAAUUUAAUUUUCUGUGAUGAUGCUGGACAGGCUGAACCUGUUUAAGAGGUGUAGAAGAAAUUAUAAAUCUUGUUUUUUGUAAGACCGCUUAAUUGGCCCUCCAUCUUGUAAA